AUGGAUGGAUCCCGAGCGCAGUCUGAUCCUAAGAAGCCUUCUUCAAAUUUCAAUAACUUAAUUGUCAGUGCGGCUGAUAAUAAUUACGAAGACUGGAAAAACAUUUCUAAUCUUACGGAACGGCGUCGAGCUCAGAAUCGGAACGCUCAGCGAAAAUACCGAGAGAAGCUUAAGAUGAGACUGGAAGAAUUGGAACGAAUAAACCUCGCAGCAUCUCUUGGCAGCCGACCUUUCGACUCAGGGUCGACAGGAGAAGUGGAUGAUGAAUCCUACGGUAAAAGAGCACAAUCCGCAAUCACCAACCGCCGACAGCCUAUAUCUAGGGCAGAGAAGUCGACAGCUGAAAAGGCUAAAGCUGGGUUUCCCGUCACUCUUGCGCUUGCCGAUUAA